AACUCUUUCCUCCCUCAUUAGAAAACUCAUCCACAUGAAAAACGUUACUCCUAUAUUGUGACAUUUUUCCUAUAUAGUGAAAAUUUAAUUAUCAAAAGAAGGGGAAAAAAAGAUGGAGAUUUUCCAGAGUUCAUUGAGAGAAAAAGUGAAAUCUGAUGCAGAUGUUUUCAGUGCAGUUUUGCCUUUGUUGAAGUUCUUAUCUCUUUCCAUCUUCGGCUUAGUUCUUUCUCAACCAAAGAUUCAACUCAUCCCCAGAGCAACUCUUAAACUUCUUAGUAAGCUUGUGUUUGUUCUCUUCUUACCUUGCUUGAUCUUCACAAAUCUUGGUCCUUCCAUUAAUCUCAAUCACUUAAUUCAGUGGUGGUUUAUUCCUAUAAACGUGGUUAUAAGCACUGUCACUGGCUGCCUACUCGGAUUGCUUGUGGCAGUCAUAUGCCGACCUCCGCCGCAGUACUUCCGGUUCACCGUCAUAAUGACUGGGUUUGGCAACACGGGUAACCUUCCUCUUUCUGUGGUUACAUCUGUAUGCCACAGUAAAGAUAACCGUUUUGGUCCUGAUUGUCAUAGUUCUGGUGUGGCUUAUGUCUCCUUUUCUCAAUGGAUUGCUGUUUUUCUUGUCUACACUCUUGUUUACCAUAUGAUGGAACCUCCAUUUGAGUUCUAUGAAAUUGUGGAAGAAGGGACUGAGAUUGAGGAAUUAGGUGGAGGUAAUGAGGAAAUAGCUGUUAAUGAUCUGAGUCGGACACUUCUUGUGGAGGCUGAAUGGCCAGGAAUGGAAGAUAGGGAGACCGAACACUGCAAAACUCCAUUGAUUGCUAGAGUUUUCAAUAACAGCAAUAUCUCUGGCGAAGCACGAGUAACUGUUCCGGACUUUGAUAUUGAGGAGAAGGUUUCAAUUCGAUGUUUGGCUGAGCCAAACAUUGUCAGGAGAAUAAGAAUUGUUGUGGAAAGAACACCGAUUUCUCACAUACUUCAGCCCCCAACAAUUGCUUCCUUGCUGGCCAUUGUUAUUGGAAUGUUUCCAACCGCACAGGCUGUUAUUUACAACAAGGAUUCUCUAUUCUCUAUACUAACAGACAGUUUGGAUAUUCUGGCUGAGGCAAUGGUACCUUCGGCUAUGCUUGUCCUUGGAGGAAUGCUUGCUGAGGGUCCAAAAAAAUCUGAUCUGGGAAUGAGAACUACAAUUGGUAUUGUUGUUGCAAGGCUUUUUGUUCUUCCACUGCUCGGAAUUGGAAUAGUAACAUGCGCCGAUCGAUUGAAUUUCUUGAUCGCUGGCGAUCAAUUGUACCGCUUUGUUCUGUUGCUGCAAUACACAACACCAAGUGCCAUACUCUUGGGAGCAGUUGCAAGCCUCAGGGGCUAUGCAGUCAAAGAGGCUUCAGCAGUCUUGUUUUGGCAGCAUGUUGUUGCUGUCUUCUCUUUUUCACUAUACAUAAUUCUCUAUUUUAAGUUUUUUCUCUCUUAUUCCUGAGUAUAGUAUAAUAUUAUUCCUGAGUA